GUGCUCAACUCAAUACAGUAUUUGUUAUAUACUAGUAACGUGUUACUUGAAGCCUUUGUGUCUGAUCCCCUGCCUCCUCUGAUAAGUAAACCUUUACGCAAGAGAACCUCUGUGUCUUCUAUCGUUUAGAAGUCAGCGUUACACUUAUCCCGUAGGAAGCAGGCGUGGCAGAUCCCGCCCUUCAGGUCCAUAGAGAACCACCGCUCCUUACAACGGCCGCAGGUCUGCAUCCCAACCCUGCCCAUUGCUGUAUGAAAAUCCUGUAUGAGUCCCCAUUGUUCGGCCGAGAGAAAGCCCUGGGGUUGAGGUUGUGUGGGCACAGGUGGCUCUGGACGUGUUUCGGCUGGAGGAGGCAGCACGGAUGGUCCGGGACGUGAUUCGAGGGGAGCCAAAGCUUCUACACGCGUAUCAUUAGCGGGCAUCGAAGGCUCUGGGAGCACAGGAGCGUUCUGAGGACGUAGCUGGCGCGAGGCCUUCCGUUUCUUCUUAUACCUCUCUUGUGCAGCUCGGCACCCAAUGCAGCUUGCGAAUACCCUACCAGCCAGGCCGGCAGAUGGAUCUCUCAGGAACGAAGAGAUAGGGCGCUUCUGGGCGCACCCAGAACAGUAUUUAGCUUCCAUUGCGGCCGUGGUAGUCAAGAAUUGUCGUGCUAUGGGGACCACAGCUGCUGCGAGGGUGCUUUCAUCGAGGCCGGUUUCCACGAACGACAUAGACGAUAUCUGGGAGUACGACGGGCUCAACAACGACCAGAUUAGCUCUUUCAUCUGCGACGGAGACGCUCGAGAGUCCACACUAUCCAUCAUACCGCUGGCCUCGUCCCGGCGGAAACCAGUGCACCACUCGCGACAGAGCCGAGGAGGGGGGGGGCUAUGGGGUAGCUGCAUGGCUACAGAGGUGGCGAGGGGACAUUCCAGUGAACAGUAG